ACCUUUUGUAUCAGUUGACAACGAUCUCAUUCAAUUGGAAGAAGAUCUCCGUUUACACUAGAGGCCCUACUUUUACCCCACAUCUUCCCUCUAGACGCAACCCAGGUGGUUUUUGCAGGUCUAACACGUCUCCCUCUUAGCCCCAUAUAACGCACCAAGUAAAAAUCCCUUCAGUCCACUGUUCAGCAUUUACGCUUCAUUUUCAUCAUUACUAGCUUGCUGAUAUAAGCACCUAAGACCCCUUAAUUUCCUUUCAUUAUUUCUCCAAACCACCACAUCCUUUUCGAUUUUUGUUUCUCCUUCAAGCCAACCCUUUCCUUUGCUUUCGCAUGGCGUAAAACUUCUCUGGGUUAUUUCACCUUAACGUGGAUAACGUCGAAGUGUUCCAUAAAACAAUACGUUCAUUGUUCUUGAGUGUAGUUGAGUUUUGCAGUGAAGGGUUCCUUCUUUUUUUUUUUUUUGUUCUUCUCGAAGUAAAGAUAUGGGAAACUGUCAAGCAGCUGAAGCAGCAACGGUCGUGAUUCAACAUCCGGGGAACAAGAUCGAGAGGAUUUACUGGUCUGUCAGUGCUAAUGAAAUCAUGAAUUCAAAUCCAGGCCAUUACGUUGCACUUGUGGUAACCUCACCGACGUUAAAGAACGAAAAUGGCAUGCCAUUGAAGCAGCUCAAGCUCUUAAAACCAGAUGACACUUUAGUAAUCGGUCAAGUUUAUCGACUCAUUAGCUUUGAAGAUGUUUUGAAAGAGUUUGCUGCAAAGAAGUGCGUGAAGCUUGGAAAACUGUUGAAACAAGGAGGGCUUGGGAUGGAUUUGAAGAGAAAGGAUUUGCCAGCUGCUUCCAAUUCGAAUCCAAAACUUAACUCCAAAUCUGAGAACUGCAGUUCUGUUAAGGAAGCUAAUAUACUGGGAAGCAGGGGUGGUGGCAGCAGCAGCAGUAGGUACAUGGGAAGGUAUCAUGGUGGUGGUGGGGGGCAAUGGAGGCCAGCCUUGCAGAGCAUUGCAGAGAUUGGAACUUGAACGCACGAGCAAAGCUAUAUAUAUAUAUAUAUAUAUAUCUCUUCCAGGACUGCUGCAUGCUUCCCCUGUCAUUUUCUUUCUCUCCCCGCAUUAAAAAAGCAAACAACUGUAUAAGCCAUAGGCAUAAGAACCCAUCCUUUCACUCUUUCCAAUACCUUCAUAUUAUUCUCUUUUUCUUUUCCUUUCUGAAGAUUCUACAAUGUUAUAUCAAUUUCUAGUAUUAGUUCCUACUAGAUUUAGAGGCUAGAGUUCGUGUUAGAUGUAAAACACUUUGGACAGUUAGAUUAUAAACGUAAUGAGCUCUUUCUAUCUGUUCUUUUUUAUAA